GAAAGUUUAUGAAAUGUCUAAUUUGUUUUGUUCUGCAUUAGUUUGGAUUGCAGUCACAACUUUUUUUUAAAUUUUUUUAUUACUUUAUGAUGAGAUCAUCACCUUUGAUUUUGUGCCUGUAUUUGUUAAAACAACUACCAUGACUUACAGUUUUAAUUUCAGGAAAUUUGUUGUGAUUUUGGUAAUAUUGUUCGUUCCAUAUGGUUAUGCAAUGCACUCUCGACACCAAACUUUAUACAGUAGACACUUAGCAGGCUUUGGUAGAAGAAACUAUUUCCCACGUUUUUCAAAUGAUUUACUGCCAUUUACACAACAAACAACAACAAGUCCGCUAGGUACAACCCCUGAUAUUUUAAUGAUCAGCGAGGCCGAAGAAAAUUUGACAGCUGAGAAAGGCAUAAAAAUUCCUCCGCAUGACUGCAUCAUUUCAUGGGACCAGUUAAAAGAGCAUGUUGCAGAUGUUAAUUACAUAGGUAUUUAUGAUAUUGAUGACGACGACGACGUGUUCCCAGGAAGAGUUUUAAAAAAUCACUUACGUCUCCAAGUCUUGAAUGAAACAUCAAUACGGAGAGAAUUAGGAUUCUGGUUCUCAUCAUUCAACACUUGUGGCUCUGCUUUUGGGAUAGACGAACGUGCGGAUGGUACGAAAGCUAUAUUCCGUCCAGUAUCAGGAAACGCAUUCAUUGUCCCUGGAAAAAGAGACUUUAUCGUGAGUUUGAAUCCAAGCCGAUAUCUUCUCUAUUUCUUCUGUCAGUCAGAGCCGCAAGAUAACAGAUGCCGAGACGGAUUUGUUGUACUUCUGGUCAAGGAUGAGAGAGAAUGGCCUAGGGAAGGUGAUGGUAUUCCUAAAGGUCAAAUUCGACUAGAUGACAUUCCUUGGGGAGAGAUUGAUAACACACUGAUGGCAUGUUUUGGUCAGCAAUUCAUUGAUGACACUGAUCCACAAAUUAAAUGGGCUUGGACAGGCCCUGAAUGUGCAGUGCCAGGAUCAGAGGUUUUCGAAAAAGCAAUUAUGAAAUAAUUAGGUACAUUAAAAAUAAAGUCAAGCAGCAGCUAAUGGUCGGAUAUACUAUGCUCACAUGAAUAUAAUUGUACUGUUCAAUGCACAUGUGUUUACUUUUAUUGAAUAUAUAUUUAAAAAAUAGCAUAAUAUUUUUACGUAAAAUUAUGAUGAUUUAAUUUUAGUACAUAUCAUUUCACUAGCACUAUUCGAUUCUUUAAAUACAACACAAUUCUAAUUUUUAUAACA